UGGUGAAUUUUGUUGACUCACCGUGAAACAGGAAACUCUCAAAUGUAAACCAACCACAAUUAAAGGAAAAAAAACCCCGAAAACUUCUUUCCAUUUCCACUUGCAAGUUGUAGCCAAGAUUCUCAAGAAUACUUGCCCAAAUUGACACAGGAGCCCGCCGUUUUGGUUUGGCCCCUUCCAUACUUGCCCUGAGUCUGGUGCACGAGACAAUCAACCGGUUGUAUUGUCAUGACAGAUGAACUGAUCCUGACCGAGUUUGGUUCCUCCCAGGAUGAACUAGAGCGUCUACGACCGCUCUGCUACCGAAGCGCCGACGUCUUCCUGCUGUGCUACAGCGUGGUCCGACCCGCUUCCUUCCUCAAUCUGACCCGGCGCUGGGUGCCCGAGAUCCGUCGGCACUGUCCCGGCACGCCUCUCGUCCUGGUGGGCACCCAGCUGGACCUGCGAGAAGACGUGCAAGUGCUGAUCAGACUGGCCCAGAACCAGGAGCAUCCGGUGGGCUCGGAAGAGGGCCGGCAGCUGGCCCAGCAGCUGGGGGCCACCGGCUUCGCCGAAUGCUCGGCGCUGACGCAGAAAAACCUCAAGGAGGCCUUCGAUGCGGCCAUCCUGGCGAGCAUCCAACAGACACGAAAUGUCGGCGAAGACCUUAGCGCCGGUAGCGUGUGGCCACAGAGACUGACCCUCGAGAGGAAGACUCCCGACAAGAUCAAGAAGCUCUCUGAGGCUUGGCGCAGGAAGAUCCGAUGUCUGUUGGGGGAACAGAAUUGCGAACAGUUGACUGCGUGAUCAAAUCAAGACGCUGACUGUCGGAAAGAUCCUACAACUUGAGACGGUGUCUGCGUGUCGGCACCGAAGCACGUCUGUCUGUCUAGC